ACUUGUUCAAUAGAUCUUUCACUUUGUUUUCAUUAGUCUUUUGACAUUAAGCUAUGCAAACUGAGUAUUGCAAGGAGAGAGAGGAGCUAUUCUCGCCUCCCCAGAGUUCUUGUUUGUGGAACAUCGCUUUCGGAUCUCCGGCGUUGACUACGGAGAGCCUCUCUUGUGACUCAUUAGCCGGAGUUAAGGUAAUUACUCCAGAGACAGAGUCAGAGCAAGCUGUGGAUAAGCAAAGCUCUGCAUUCACUUUCUCACCUGGUGGUGGUAAGAGUUCAAGAGAUGUGUCAAAGCCUCAUAUUGGUUUGGCCAUGCAAUCUUCCUGCUUCGAGUUUGGGUUUGCUCAGCCAACGAUCAACACAAAGCAUCCUACUGAUCAUGUGGAACAGUACAAUGGAGUUGUUUCAUGGGACCGGGUCAUGAUGCCUCUAAAGAUGGAGACAGAAGAAGAUGGUAUGCAUAUGAUCUAUGUGAACUCAAAACAGUACCAUGGAAUCAUACGUCGACGCCUGUCUCGUGCUAAGGCUGCUCUCAAGAACAAAAUGACUAGUUUCCGUAAGCAGCCAUAUAUGCAUCACUCGCGCCAUCUCCAUGCUAUGCGCCGUCCUAGAGGAUCCGGCGGACGUUUCUUGAAUACCAAGAAAGGAGAUCCUGCUUUACAGUCUAAGCCAAGCAACUCUCAGAGUUCUGAACUCUUUCAUCCUAAAAAUGGUACCAUGAACUCAUCGAUGGAAACAUAUGAACCAGAUGUUACAAGUAUGAAUCACUUUUUAAGUUCAACGUCGGUUCAUAUUGGUGGUAAUAUGGUCAUGCCUAGCAAGUGGAUUGCAGCAGCAAUGGAUACUGGCUGCUGCAAUCUCAAAAUCUGA